AUGGAUGAGGACGUGGUUCAGUUUAUGGCCAUAACUGGCAUCUCUGCCGAUCAUGUAGCUCGCGGCUAUCUUGAAAUCUCAGGCGGUGAUCCUAUGCAAGCUAUUCAGCUCUUCUACGAAAACCCUGAGUUGCAAGCCAGCUUCAACCAGCCUGCCGCUUCAACUUCUACUCCAGCAAGACAACCUACAUCGUCGUCUGCAAGCCGAAGCCAAGCUUUUACCGGUCGCGAAGAUGCCCGCGGGGUAAUUCACAUAGAUUCCGACGACGACGAUGAUGUACACAUGGCAAACAAUGAUUUUGAUGUACCUGACGAUGCGGAUGAUGUCACGGCAUUAGUAAGAAGUGCGCAAGAGGAAGAAGAUGCCGAGAUGGCGAGACGGCUACAAGAGGAAAUGUACUCUGAAAACCACGGAUCACUGGAUGGAGUAAGAGCCCCUAUAGCGCAAACGACCGAGACUCUCGCAGCACCCGAUCCCUCGUGGGGUUUAGACGACGACCGAGAAGCUGCCGUUAUGGAGCAACUACGCCGACGGAGAGUACAAGGUACUAGUGCCAACCCCUUCAGUCAAUCCUCGGUUGACUGGUUCGACCGGGAAGACGGCGUUCGACCGCGAAAUACGCCACCUACCUCCAGUAAUACAUCACGAAGAUUAAGAGAUCUAUUCGCACCCCCGACAGGCUUGAUUACCCGCCUACCAUUAGAUGCUGCAAGAGACCUCGGAAAAGAAGAGAAGAAGUGGAUACUGGUUAAUCUUCAGAAGAUGGAUGAUUUUCGGUGCCAGGUUCUUAACAGAGAUCACUGGAAGAACGAAGACAUUGUGUCUUUGAUUCGUGAACAUUUUAUCUUCUUACAAUACACUUUAGAUGACCCAGUGGCCCAAUCAUAUACCACAUUCUACUUCAACAAUCAAGCUCACGAGGACGAAAAUAACUAUCCGCAUGUUUCUAUUAUCGAUCCCCGUACCGGAGAGCAAGUCAAAGUUUGGUCAGGAGAAUCAUUUCCUUCCAUGGCGGAGUUUCAUUCCGAUCUCGUUGAGUUUCUUGACAGAUACAGCUUAGCGGCCAACAGCAAGAAUCCCGUGGUUAAGUCAAAACCGAAGACGAAGCCCGUAGAUAUUAGCCGAAUGUCGGAAGAGGAGAUGCUUAAAAUGGCUUUACAAAACAGUCUUGACGAAGAUGGCGGAUCAUCGGGACCUAGCGUUCAGGAUCCUGACGCCCUUACUAAAUCAAACCCAGAUAUUGGAAAAGGCAAGGGUAAAGAGGUUGAUGAGUCUAAUGACCUAGCUGGUGACUCUAACCAACCCUCUAAUGCAUCAGAGUCGGCAUUUGCCCAAAUAUCAUCAACCAACCCUCAUGUGGAACCCGAAAAUAAUCCGGCAACUACAACUAGAAUACAAUUUCGUCACGCCGGCGGUCGCAUUAUCCGAAGAUUCUCUAUUGCAGACCCCGUUCGCCGUAUCUAUGAGUGGCUGAAGGCCGAGCCUCUCGAGGGCAAGGAGAAUAUACAAUUCGAGCUCAAAGCAAUGCCGGCAGGCAGAGAUCUCAUCGAGGAGUUAGGAAAGACUAUUGAAGAGGCUGGUUUGAAACAAGGCACAGUCAUGAUCGAGUUUAUUGAGGACUCAUAG